CAAACCACGAAUGGCUUCACGAUCUGCGCCCAAGCUGCUGCCAACACAAGCCAAAAAGAGUGAAUGAAAGAACCUUCCAUUCCGAUUUGUAGCCAGACCAAUAAAAAACGGGAAGCGAAGCAUUGAACAGGAACCGUUUAUUUUUGACAGAAUUGUUUUGUGUUUGUAAACACAUCAAAAAUCAAUAAGUUUUUCGAAAAAAAGAACUUGCCCGAUCUGCAACAAAUUGGUGAAAUAUUUCUUUAGCUAGUUUUGCUAGAAAAGGAAGAGUGUGUGGGCCACGAAAAUAGUGUGCAGCGACUAGAUGUGACAUUUUUUUUGUUUCUCGAAAGAAGCUUCGUUUUCUCGAGGCCACCACCGCUAGCAUCGUGAUUCUGUGCUGGAGUUUCUGGAGGAGGAGAAGAAAAACCUUAAAAGCCUCGAGGUUUUGUGUUCCCUCAUAUCCCUUCUUCGUCAGAGCAGACGCGCUGUGAACUUGCUGGCACACAUAGGUGGCGUAUUCACUUAGGCUAGUGAAUUCAGCAAAAGGGCAUCGACCGACGACGACGAUCUAUUGAAUGGGUACGGCGCACCGCCCUGGAGUCCCCUGUCCAGCAGCGCACAGUACUUAAACCAACCAGGCAUCACAAUGGAGCAGCUGCAACUACAAACGACGGAAUUGCCGUUCUGUCGACUGUGCUUCACCCAAGGCAUCGAGCUGUACGAAAUCUUUCCCGGAGCUGGAAAUGACAACGAAUCUCUGCUCAUCAAGAUUAUGGACUGUCUUACCGUGGCCAUAACGUUCGACGACGACUACAACUCGUACAUAUGCGCCAAGUGCGUCACAUCCGUGGAGGAGUUUUACGAUUACAAAGAGAAAUGCAAGGAAAACGACGCACUUCUCCGCGAGAAGCGAAAAGCGGUCGAGCAGACCGCAAUCUACAAUGUGGUCAAUAUGCAACCGGAGGAAGAGGUAUCCAACAGUAACGGCAGUAACGGGGCUUCCCAGGACCUGGCCACUAUUGACGAUCAACAGAUGACACUCGAACAUCGUAUCAGUAUAGAGGGCGGACCACCGCUCAAUGGUAACAUUAUCGAAUUUAAGAAGCAACUCUUCACUGCUUCACCCGAUCAACUUGGCAUCUGGAUUUGCGUUGCAUCCGGUAGUGACAUUCAGUGCCCGGCAAUGAUCCAAGUUGACGAAAACGUUCAGGUCGUAGCUGAAAUUGGACAGCACAACCAUGGACUUCCAGUGUCGGUAACGGAUAAUCCACCGCAAGAUACUAAACCGCCAAUGCCCACACCACCGCAACAACAAACGCAGCAGCAGCCUCAGAUGCAACAACAGCAACAACAACAAACAGUUGUUUCUCAGCCAACGAAGACUCCCGGAACAUCUGGCACAAGCGCCACAACCGGUGGUGCAAGCAAGAAGCGCAAAACAAAGGAUCAACCUAGCAAGAGGAAAAUUUCCAACGACAUCCUUGUUGGCGACGGUUGGUUGGUCGAUGUUGAAAGCCAGAAACGCCAUCACUAUCAGCUCGUAACAAAAGAUGGCUACCAGACGUUCCUGAUUUUCAAUGGGUAUCGCUUCCGCACACAGCAGAAGAUUCGUAACGGUAUUGCAUCGUGGAAAUGUGCCUGGAAUGGGCGCAAAGGAUGCCAGGCAAUCUUGCACAUUACCGAGGAUUACCAAAAGGUAAAAGAAGUCGGUAACCCGCACAAUCAUGAACCAUCGUUGCGCGAUCGAAUGAUAUCGGGCAAGCCAACCAACGGCAGCGACGGCGUCCUCAUGUGUUCCGAUGGCGAGGAAAGUUUACAUGCAGGCACAGAACUGCAACAAAUCACACUUACAGCUGCAGUCGGCGGCAGCAGCAGCAACAGUAUCAAUACGCACUCGGUAGUUGGUCCGGCACUAGGCAAUUCAGCUACGGCGACUGUAACUGGUGGCGGUGCUUCAUCUUCCGUUGGUACCAGUAACGCGAUAGGGAAUCUCGACGCUGUCUCGAGCACCGCGGUUAGUCACAGCUCGUCGCUAGACCAUUUGUCCACGGCAGAGAUUGUAGACUUUGUCCAACAGAAUAGCAGCGGUAGUGAUCAACUGGUGACAACUGUUGUGGACGCUGAUGUACACCAUGCGGCAGUCGUGGGUGGCGUAGUCGUUGAUGACGACGUGGGCAAGGAUGAUAUGCCGAUGGACAUUGAGGAAAUUAUACGCCCCCACGUAGUUCUUCAUUCGACUAAUGAAUAGAAGCAAGAUGACAGAUGGUACGAAAACAAUGGAAGAAAAACUAAGCUUAAGAAUACAGUGCGGAUAUUCUCAACCCUAAAAUAUAUAUAUUUUUUAAAUUGUGUAGCAACGUGAGCGCAGGAUCCUAGGGGUUUUAAGCAAGAGGACUAGUUUGUAAGAUUUACAAUUAUGGAUAAACUUUAGGCGACGGAAAGCAGUAUGAUGAGCUAGAUGUAAUUGGUAAGUAUAUUUAGGCCUCUUUGUGUAAAUUGCCAAACUUAAUAAA